AUGACUGCUUCAGCGCUUGCUGUCAUAACAGCCGCAGUUCAAUCAACAAAAUCAUUAUACGGUGCUGUCUCACGCUACAGAGGUCGUGACAAAACCCUCGGAAGGCUGCAAGAUGAGCUUCAAGACCUCACAAAAAUCCUGGAGUCCUUGGCGCGUGUCAUUGACGAGGAAAUUACAAUGUUGGAGCUCCUGCAGAGUCCAAUCGACCGAUGCAGCAGAGUUUGUCGAGAGUUCGAAGAGUCGAUGGAGUCUUUUUGGCGAAAGUCGAAAACAAGCAUUCGAGACUGGACUAAAAUGGAAUUCAUGAGAGGAGACAUCAACGAAUUCAUCGAAAUGAUAUCUGGCUACAAGUCUACAAUUUCUGUGGGCUUAGGUACCGUUAACAUGUUUGUCACCUUGCCUAAUUCUCGAGGUUUCGCUAACGUGUCCCCAAGACAUGCCGCCAAAAUAUCCCAGGACGUCCUCAAGCAAUACAAUGAGAUGAUUCAGGAUACAGUCUAUAAUCUCGAGCUGCAUCUGCAACGAAUCGACGAGAAAGUGGAACGAUUUAACAUCAACAGCGCAGGUUCUUCUGAUUUAACAGUGGAUUUAAACGACGAACGCGAGGUUACCAAGCAGUGUCUUCGUGUUUGCGAAGACGCGAGACAUUGCAUCGAAUCCAUAGGAAUCCGAGAAUUUUCUCUUUUGCAAGACCGAUCACAAAAUAACGCAGAAGAUGAUGGAGACAAACGCUUCCAAGCGCAACUACUCACACGUCAAGCUUUGGAUGAGAAUCGUGAUAGCUUCUCAUUGAUCAUAAGUCAGCUCCGGAAUCGUCUGGAGAGCUUGAUCUUGAAAAACGACCCUAGCGAUGAGAAAGAGAGGGCUCGUCUACAAGAAGAUAUCAAUAGUUCUAAGCAGUGCUUAGAGGUAUGCAGAGUUGCAAGUGAAGUGUCAAAUCAGAAAACAUACAGAAUUGGAGAGGUGAUUGCGGAGGGCGACAGCGAUCAAGUAGUAGUGACUACUUUGGCUGAUCUGUUCGACAUCAAAAGAGCUGUUUCUCAGGGUAAUUCAGCACAAUUAGUCGGAUCAAUGACGGAUGAGGCACUUCGUCAUCUGACUGAAAGACGUUACAGCAGUCGGUUUGGCUCACAUACCCAAAAGUCCGCCCCUGCUGGAUCUUCUACCUCUGAUUUGCCUUCGAUUAACAAGACAAAAAACCAGCCGACCGGUCUUUGUCCCCGAAACAAGCCAUGGCGAGCAAUCUGCGGAGUUGAAAGGAAAAUAUGGCAGACCGAGCUCGAAUGA